UGUCUAUAUAUAUGAGUCCAACUCCAACACUGUCGGUGUGCUUGUGCGUCACCGCUGAAUCCUAGCUUUAUCUUCCCUUCCCUUCAAAAUAAUAUCUCUGUUCCAAACAAGUCCAACAACACACUGCUUCUAUCUCAAACGUAAUCGGUUACCCUUCUCUUUUUCUCUCCACCUUUUCAUGUUUUUCUUUCGGAUUCUUUUACAUUGCAUUACAUCAAUUGGGUGAUCUUGGGCACAUCGAGAAAUGAGUUUGAGUAAUGGGAAAACCGAGGCACCAUUGCCAAUUAGUAAUGGGGAUGAGAAGAAGCCGUUCAAGAUCUUCGUAGGGUAUGACCCUCGUGAAGAUCUUGCCUACGAGGUAUGUCGGCACUCCAUCUUGAAAAGGUCUUCAAUCCCUGUUGAGAUCAUACCAAUUAAACAGUCAGAUCUGAGGAAAAGUGGCUUGUAUUGGCGUGAGAGGGGCCAGUUUGAGAGCACUGAGUUCUCCUUUUCAAGAUUCUUGACACCUUGCCUUGCCAAUUACCAAGGUUGGGCAAUGUUUGUGGAUUGUGAUUUCCUCUACUUGGCUGACAUCAAGGAAUUGAAAAACUUGAUUGAGGACAAGUAUGCAAUCAUGUGUGUUCAGCAUGACUAUGCUCCAAAGGAGACCACUAAGAUGGAUGGGGCAGUGCAAACUGUGUACCCAAGAAAGAAUUGGUCUUCAAUGGUUCUCUAUAACUGUGCUCAUCCAAAGAACCGUGUUCUCACUCCUGACACUGUCAACACACAGAAUGGUGCUUUCCUUCACAGGUUUCAAUGGCUUGAGGAUGAUCAAAUUGGAUCCAUCCCUUUUGUUUGGAACUUUCUUGAGGGGCAUAACAGAAUUGUUGGUAAUGAUCCCACUACUUCGCCUAAGGCCAUCCAUUAUACUCGUGGAGGGCCAUGGUUUGAAGCUUGGAAAAACUGUGAAUUUGCUGAUCUGUGGCUUAACGAAAUGGAAGAUUACAUGAAGCAAGCUAAAAAAGAACAAUCAGCUUAGGCUUUUGUCAUCCGUGGCCAUGUAUUAUUAUUCUUUAUGUCAAAUUCGUUGUGAAAAAUCCGCAUCUGCUGAUGCAUGUUAUGAGAGUAGGAGUAUGAGGCACUGCUAGUCUAUAACUUAUCUUUUAGAGUAUUUGUAGUAUUCUUUACCAUAUUACAUUACACUACACUUACGUUGGCAUUUCAGAGAAAAUGCUCUUCACGGUGUAUUUCAUUUUUUAUUUGUUUAAUGACCUCCCUAUGACCUUUAAGGAGGUACAAGCACCACUCUGUAUUGAAUAUUUAAAUGAAAUCUUCAUUUUAAUGAUUGUA